GGGCGGCAGUCAAGGAUGUUAAUGAGAAGGAAAAUGCGCCUUCGACGCGCGCGCAUUUUUAAAAUUGUAGCGAAUGAGAGCGAGUGCCGACAAGCAAGUGUACUCGACAGUUUUAAGUACAGGAAUUCUAGUACCGAUUUCAACUAGUCCUUUAAUUGUGUUCCAUUGCGGCUGCAUUUUCAAAUGGAACUAUUCGGUAGAUUGCUCAAUAUGCAACCUGCUAUGUCAUUUAAUUAGAGUCAGCACGCUGGCCGAUAUCGAUUUCGACGUUUUUGGUACACGAGAUAGUAAAAGUUGUUACUUGAUCGUAUGCUGGUUCUUUUACCUUGGGCACGUUACGCAUACAAGUAUUCACGCUGCGGUAAAAACGCGUCACAUUCGUGGACACGCAAAUAAUCUUCCUGAUCUCGGAACCAACAAAGUUAUAAUACGAAAUUUGAAGAUAAGUAAUACUUUUGAAAUCCUCAAUCAAGAAAAUCAAACCUAUGUUAACAUUUUUGCAAUUUUUGUAAUUGUCGUAUAUUUUAAUUCUGGAAUAAAGUACAUGAACUUUAUCCUUUUAGCAGCUGAUCUUUGUAACCGCAUGUCUGAAUAAAUUAGCAGAAAUAUUUACG